UAUUAUAUCAAAGUGCUGUGCCAAAGAAUUCAUACACAAACGCUUACGAAUAUAUAAAUAAUACAGGCCACAAGCACUAAUCGUGUUUAAGCAGUGAAAGAGUCAGCUCAGCGGGAGGUAAUUAAUAUACGACGCGUGGAUAAGUGAAGGAAAUGCCGCGCCAGCAGCAGCCAUAUCGAUGCCGUCAAAGUCAACAGAAGCAGCAACAAGGAAUAUUAACACCGACCUCCAGCAUAAUUAAAUAAAUAGGCAAACAAAGAUCUCCACUUCCACAGCCACGAAAACAUAUAAUAGCAAAAAAAAAAAAACAGUGCGAACAUAAAAGUAUCAAACAAACAACAGAGCGUGAAAAACAAUUAAAUCAUAUUAAGUAAAGUAACUAAUUAAAUCGAAUUUGUUUUCGCAAAAUAUUGAAUACGAAAAUCCAUUGAGUGCGUUACAAAAUGAAGCGGCGCAAUGCGGAUUGUGGCAAAUUGCGUCGCCCAAUGAAGCGCAACAAAAUCACAGAAGGCAUGUAUGGCAGCACAACUGUCUUGUACAUGAAAUUUCUUAUACUUUGGGCCAUUGUCAUGGUAGCAGACUUUAUGUUUAUGUUCCGAUUUGAAUUCCUGUGGCCCUUCUGGCUGCUCUUACGCUCCGUACACGAUUCAUUUAAGUACAAGGGACUGGCAUUUUCCGUAUUGUUUGUGUGUAUAGCAAUAACAUCAGAUUUGGUCUGCUUGUUCUUCAUACCCGUGCACUGGUUGCUCUUUGCCGCCAGCACAUAUGUCUGGGUGCAGUACGUUUGGCAUACAGAUAAGGGCAUUUGUUUGCCCACAAUUAUACUGUGGAUGUUGUUUGUCUAUCUGGAGGUGGGCAUUCGAUGGAAAGACAGUCGACAUAUGCCCCAUUUGGAUCUCUGUCGGCCAUUUGCUGCACACUGCAUUGGCUAUCCGGUGGUCACGCUGGGCUUUGGCUUCAAGAGCUAUGUAGGCUAUCGCAUGCGUCAGCGCAAGCAGCGUGAGGUGGCCAAGGAGAAUGAGUUUUAUAUGCAAUUGCUGCAGCAAGCACUGCCCGCCGAUGAAGCUGAAGCAGAGCCACAGUUGAUAGCGGCUGUAACGGCAACUUCCACUGGCAGCGGCAGCAAUGUUAUGGUUCCCAAUGGCACGACAGCAGCGCAGCCUGUGCUGACCACUAAUCAUGCCAAUGGCGUACUGUCAAAUGCGACAACAACAAAUGCAGCACAAGCACAAAAUCAUCAUGAGCAUCAUCACAACAACAACAGCAGCAGCAGCGGCGCCGGCGCCAGCAGCAGUGGCAGUAAUAGUAAUCAUCAUCAUCAUCAUAAUCACAACAAUAAUAACAACAACAACAACAGUAGCAGCAACAGCAAGGAUAACAGCGCCGCCAAUGAGCAAAGCACAGCGACGUCAACGUCCGUUGCUGCCACAGCGACGACAGCAGCAGCAGCGUCUAGUGCCAACAACACAGCGGCUACUAAACAAGCGACAGUCGCAACAACAGCCACGUCAAAUGGUCAUGUAGGCAGAAAUCAUCGACGCAGCAUGGACAAGGAUAAGCAUCGCAACAAAAGCGAUACAAACGACAACAGCAGCAAACAGUCGGAUGGCGUUAGUAUUACCACAGCAAACACAAGCAACAGUAAUAACAGUAAGGAGAAGUCAGACUGGGAUAGCAGCAGCAAUAGCAGCUAUCAACAAAAGCAGGAACCGGCAACUAAGGAUAAACACGACAAAAAGACGCACAAUGUGGCCAAUGGCAAUGUUCUGCAAUUUGAAACCGAGGAGCCAACACUGGUGGAGCCUGCGUCACAGAUUGAAAAGAUGCCCAAGGGACGUCGCAAUCGCGGCAAAAAGGACAAUGCGGCCAAGGACAAUCAUAACCAGCAGCAGCAACAGUCACAGCAGCAAAAGGAAACAGCUGCCAAUAGCAACAACAACAAUAAUAACAAUGAUGCCAGCUCUGUUUCCUCUUCCGCCAGCUCCACGUCAAGCAAUGCCAAUGCUGCAUCAACCAUUUCGCAUAUGGCCAGCAAGGUGGUCUCAAAGAUCUGCGAGACUUGCCUCAAGCUGGAGGCGGAUGUUAAGAAAUAUCGCGCUGAAAUUAGUCAUAUGAAGCAAAUUGAGAACGAGCUGCGUCAGAAGCUCGAUGUUAACCUGACCAGCAAAUCGUGUUUGCAGGCCAAACAGAAGGAGUGCGAUGAGCUAGAGAAGCGCAUACAAGAGCUCAACAAUGCGCGUCAUGGAGAUCAGCUGAAUUUGCAGAGCUUGGAGCGGCGUCUAAAUGAAGAGCGACGACAAAAGCAAUCGCUUGACUCGCAGGUGGCCAAUGAGCGAAAGGCACGCAAAGCGGCCGAGGAGAAGGCCAUGCGUCCCGAGUGCAGCGUGCAGUGUAAGCAGCGGCGCCAGCAAUUGGACGACGAACUGAAGCGGCUGCGCACAGAACUCAAGCAAUGCGAGGAGGCUAAACAGGUGGCCGUCGAGCAUAGUCGUAAAUUUGAGCAGGAGUAUCGAAUGCUGGAGGUUAAGGUGCGCACGCGGGAAUCGACACAGGCAGAUGCGCAACAGCUGAUCAAUGCGCUCAAUACAAUGCAGGAGAAAAACUCAACACUGGAGAAGAAUCUAUCCGCGGAGACGAGAGUUAAGCUGGACUUAUUCUCAGCUCUGGGCGCAGCCAAGCGUCAGCUCGAAAUAUCUGACAGUCAUCGUCGCUCCAAGGAGGAUGAGGUCAUUGAUCUCAAGGCCAAGAUUGCACAAUUGUUGGCUGUUAUGCCGGAUACGCUCUGCUUGAACACCGGGCCACAUGGCCCCGGCGGCAGCAUGCUACGCAUGAAUGACACUCCGCCCUUGCAGUCAGGCGGCCCGGGACCCUCAUCACCCAUGCUCAGUUUAAGCGCUGCACAGGAUUACCAGCAACAUCAACAACAUCAGCAGCAGCAGCAACAUCAACAACAUCAACAGCAUCAACAACAACAACAUCAACAGCAUCAACAGCAUCAACAGCAUCAGCAACAUCAGCAGCAUCAGCAACACCAACAACAUCAACAGCAGCAUCAGCAGCAGCAACAGCAGCAUCAGCAACACCAGCAGUCCCAGCAGCAGGUGGGACCAGUCUCUCAGCAACAGCAGCAGCAAAUGGUGCCGGUAAGCGUAGCCGCUGCUCUUCAUGCUGCCAAUGCGGCUGCCAACGGCGGUGGCGGUCUAUCGAAUUUAGAUCCCAAUGCUAGCGUCUAUACGCCCAAGACAGGCAACAUGUUGGUGGUACCGCCUGUUGGCAUGAAUCCCAAUGGUACGGAUGCCUGACGCCAGCAGCAACGUUCCCAUCAACAGCAGCAGCAGUCGUCCUCGUCCUCGCAUCAGCUACUGAGACGAUAAGUUUGAGAUUAUUAUACUUUAUAAACGACAGUAACAAAAAGAAAACAGCAAACAUUUGAUUUUGGCUAUAAUAGUCAACUGGCUGGAAACAUAAAUAAUAAUGAAUGUCCGUACUAAGCAUAAGCAGAUAAUUUCUUUCAAACACACACAUACACACACACAAAAUUCUAAUAUUUCCAUAUAAUCAAUUACUGUUUAAUUGAUUGUGAGUAGCAGCUAAUUGUUUGACUAUUAAAAUUCCUAGAUAGACUGUGCUUACCCUUCUCAACUGCACAUUAAGACGCCUACUGAAUCUGUUGUAAUCAUUCCUUUAAAUUACAAGAAGAAAAAAAGAAAAUCUGUUGCUAAUUAUUAUUAUCAACAAUUAGCUGCUGUCUGCAGUCUAUUCAUAUCCUUACACAAAAAAAAUAAGUCUCCUGCGAUUAGUUAUUUUUACUCGUCGCACAUCCAUACACAUACAAAUUUGAAAAGGAUUUAUAAAAAUAAUAUGUGAAACUGAAAAAACUGCAUACGUUCUCUGUAUAUUUUCUCUUUUCUAAAAUUAAAUUCAAUUUUGAAAACGAGCUAGUUGCUAACUACUACUACUCCUACUAUUUACUACUUAUACUAUAUUUUUAAAGAACGAAAACAAAUUUAAGCGAACGCUGUGAGAGUUGAGCGAAACCCUUUUGAGUGUGAUCUUGGCCUUUUUGAAAUUAUUUGCCGUGAAAUUGUUUUUUAUUUUUUUAUUUAACUUUGAUUUUUAAUUUAGUUUUUUUCCUAUGGCCAAAAUUUCUGCCUACGGGCAAUGGAAUUUUUGAAGUCUGCGCUUUUGAUUUACAAUUAUCUCAUUAAAUUAUUUUUGUUAUAAACCUUAAAUGUACGCCUACAAUAUAUAGCAUUAACUAUUUUUGAGAGAGUGAAAAA